AUGACAGAACUAAAGGAUUUAACACCUGAAGAACUUAAAAUGGCUGACGGCUUAUUUUGUGUAGAUCAAAUAAAGCUGCCAGAUGUAAAAUCAUGGGAAGGUCAAAAGUUUAUACGAUUUACAAAUGAACCUCCUAGUUGCCCAUGGUGUUAUGAUCAAAUGGAGAGAUUUGAUGUUUUAUCAACAUACGAUGAAAAAUCGGACGUACCUGCAAGUUACAUUCGAGAAGAUCCUACCGAAUGGCUAAUAAGGCAACCUUUUAAUAUAAAGGACCUCACAAAAAAUUCGACACUUGCUUCCUUCAUUGCUUCCCAUUGGACUGAUUUUC